AAAUAUUUUGGAAUUGGAUGAUUCCUUUUCUUUCCAUUUGCCUCGGUUGCAUUUGCCAUUGUAUUGUAAAUGUGAAAAUAUCUUAUUUGCUCAUUAUCACUAAGAUAGUACGAUAUGAAAGCAAACCUAAACAAAAAGAAUAUUGUUGUUAGUGCGAGUAAAAUAAUAUACGAUAUUCCUGAUUAAAAACACUAAAAUAGAAACCUGUGAACUUGACCAAGAAUGGCACCGAAAAAGAAAACUGAAAGUUCAUCUUUAUUACUGAAAAUACCAAAAGAAAAAAUAACGAAAGCUAAAAUAUCCAAACCAAAGAACGUUCUGAAAGUAAAAAUUCCAGUUAAAAUUCUUAAUAAUGUCAUUGGUGAGAAGAAGAAGACCUUGAAACAAAAAAGUCCUGCAGAAGUUGAAAUGAUGAAGAUGCUGACACAGAAUGAUGUGAAGAUAGACAGAAUGAAUGAAGUGGCUCUAGCACAAUUAGUUAAAGAUUGCCCUGUGGCAGUCACUGAGAGUGCCCCAGCCCCUGUGGCUAAGAAAAGAGGCAGGAAAAAGAAGAUACCGGAACCAGCUCCAAAGCGAAAGGCUUCCAAAAAAAUUCAACCAAUCAUAAGUCCGCCUCUAAAAAGACAAAAACGCAGGCAGCUGAAGCGAGGUAAGCCUGCGGAGAACAACUCCACCAUAACCUCCUCUUCUAUUCUGAGCUACAGUCAACCAGAAAUCAAAACACCUAUCAAGGACACACAGAAAACGGUCGCUAAAUCCCCUGUACUCCUUAACACCACAAAUAUCAAUAACCAUUCCAGAAGAACAUCUAUUACAAGUGCUCAAGCGUCAGAAUUGUCUUGGACCAAAGAUAUAUCCGGAUCCAGUACCACAACUUGCAUCACCGUCACCUCCAAUGACUUUGUGCGUAUAGACGGAAAACUGCCCGAACUAAAAUUAACUAAGCUAAAGAAAAGCCAAAUAGUCAAUAAUUUGUCAGAAGAAGCCAUCACCCAGAAGGAACAGGAGCGUUCCCUUUCAAAGUACAGCAUCGUCAGCUGUCUUUUAGAAGAACCCCUCACCAAGAAGAUAGAACUAGAGCAUUCCCUUUCAGAAGACAGCAGCAGCAGCAGCAGCAGCAGCUCUUCUAGUUCGUCUUCUAGUUCCUCCCAAAGCGAUAAAACUGCGAUGGAAAACGGCUUAAACUUAAGCACAUCUUCAAUUACUGCUCCUCCUUACAGCCCGACUUAUACACCGCGCAAUCCUAGCUUCGAUAAAACUAAGCAGGACGAAGUUAGUUCAAUACUAGAAAUUAUUGCACCCAAAUUGAAACUCCUGAAGAAGGAAUUUCCUGAUAUGGCGAAUGAGGACGAGGAUUGCGCCAUGAGUUGCUUUAAGGAGAAGCUUGCUAAGUAUCUAAAGGAGGAGUACAAUACUAUAUUCGAUUGUGGAUUUCUAACCCCAAUUUUAUCGGACAGUUGUCUGCCAAAUACUACUGCUGCCGUAAUCGAACAGAAAAAUGGCGAAGAACGAGACUUGGUUAUGUCUAACCAUACUACGGUCUCCGAUAAAAGUGCUUGUGGUAAUUUUAACGAUACACCAAGCAAUAUUACGCGGCGACGGGACACUCACGAUUCUGACUUUUCUGACGAUGAUGUGCUGCAGCUUUACGCCACCGAUGACCUUGAUUCUAGCAGAAUGGGUAGCGCGGCUUCUAUCUUGGAGGAGUACGUGCCCCGACCCCUUAUCCAGAGGCCCCUCACCGCCGUGAGCUACCAACCUUCAAAGAUAGACGAGCUAGAAACCGCAAGUGCGAAAAAACCUGUAUGCGAGAAACAAAACGCUGAUUCUACUUCCAUACACAAGGAACCAGAACUACAUAAUGCUUCGAAUGAAACGCCUGCGACAAUAAAUGCAACUGGCCUGGUUCAGAAAUCCACAAAUAUGUCGACGGCAGAAAAUGAGAGACCACCGCUGACUAUCUCAUAUUACCCGUUCCCUUAUCGCUCUAGAAGCGCAGCGCUGGGUGACGUCUGCUUCUUUAAUUUGGCCUUAAAGUGUAACAAACAAGAUAUGUUUCACCUAACGCAUUUCCCUCACUGUCUCAUUGAAGAAAACGUGUUUAGGAUGCGAAUUUCCCAAAUUAGCGAAAUACAGUUCAUCCAAGAGUAUAAUAAUAUUGCGAGGUGGACAAGAUUGAGAAAGAAAUACGUCAAAUGCUUCAUCGACGAAUGCCAGAGACGAGAGUUGCCUAAAAUCCUAGUCGAAAUAGUUAUAGAUUUUCUUUUCAGAACCCCAAAUACAACAGGAGAUUAUGAAGAUCUCAGAGUUCAAGUAAUUGAACACGCUUUGGUACACCUCAACAGUUGGAACUUAACAGUUUGUGAACAGUUGCUCGAAUAUAAUAUGGGAGAUGAAGUCCUGUGUGAUAUGUUUAUAAAAAUAAUAGCAAAUUCACAAAAUUUUUCACGGUUCAAGAAGGUGUUUGUAAAUCUGACACAUUUCAUGGUUCGCGCGAAUCGGACGUUUGAAUUUGGUGUUGCAUGUCGAAUUCUAGAGAGAGUGACCAUUCUGCCCUUUGAAAACCCAUUGGCAAUGAGUCUGAUAUCGAUUUUAGGAAAUACUGAUAGGGAGAUCUUCAUGAACAGUAUGAUGAACAAGUUUGAACUGUCGUUGGAGACUAGUAACAAGGAGUUAUAUAAGAGGUAUUUGUCAAUCAAGAUAGAGGGUGUACCAAGUGUGGAGUUGAAGCCAGCCGGUGGGCCUGGUACGUCAUUGCCGCCCUCUUUGCCAUCCCCAUGUGCCAGUCGGGAGCUGGAACCGCUGAUUUUCAACCCGAAUAGCUCACAGGACUUUGAGCAGAGAUACACCUCUCCGGACACUACGAAUGUGGAUAAUGUGAACAAACUCGUCACGGAGCCAACUAUAAUACGGACUUUUAAUCACCUGGAUAGAAGGCCUCCGAACAUGGGCAUGUGCAUGCCGAGACCGCGGCCGCGGCCGCCGCCGCCGCGCCCGCGGGCUCCGAGUUACGCGUACCGCACAUGGACCGAGAGGAGCAUCUUGUCGCAGGUUCCGAGGAUGCCUUACAUGAGGCUGCCGAGGCCUAUGAAGCGGCCUCUGAUCCGACCAGAACGGCCGCCGCCUAAAUUCCAACGAAGAUAUGGGCCGGAAUAUUAAAUUUAAAUAAUAGACUAAGAGGUAAAUUUUCUAAGGUCAGUAAGUUUAAAUCGUUACUUUAUUAUAAAAUUUAAGUUGUGUAAGUAGUAAAAUGAAAACGGAUUAUAUCGCGUAUGUUUAUGAGUAACUAUCGCGGUAACCGAAGACAAUAUUUUUUCUAAAUAGUAGUUUUUUUAAUUGUUGGACGGUUAAAGCCUAUUUGAUUAGUUCACUUGUUGUAUAAAAUGUUUUAAUGUAUGAGUGCGAGUAAGACUCGUGGACUCGUUCUUAAGGAUACUAUAAAAUUAAUAUUACCCCUACUAUUGACAUUGGAUAAAUGGAUAUAUUUAAAACUUGAUGUGCUGACAAAAACUU